AUGCCUGCCAUUGAUAGAGAAGCUCUAGAGAAAGAAUAUAGAAAGCUAACUGCUAGAAACGACGAUAUUAUAAGACAGGAAGCAACUAGUAAGAAAGAAUAUGCCACGUUCUCAAGGAAAGAAACGAGUAUAAUCACCCUGUUACAAAGUUUAGAACCCACUUUGCAGGAUAUGCAUGAAUUGAAAAAUAACGAACCGAGAUUGAUCUCAGAGGAAACUAUAGCAAAAGUGCCAGGAUUGAGUUGGUAUAAUGAGCAAAUUAAGUUAGUGCAAGAAUCUGGGGACAAGGAUGAUUUCGAUGUACCGCCCGAAUUGAGAGAAUCAUACGAGCUGUUUAAAGGAUUGGCUUUGUUACCUAAAGAUGGUAAAUCACUCUCCGAGUAG